GGGACUCGGGCCACCAUGGACGACAAGGCGUUCACCAAAGAGCUGGACCAGUGGGUCGAGCAGCUGAACGAGUGUAAACAACUGAACGAGAACCAGGUGCGGACGCUGUGCGAAAAGGCUAAGGAAAUCUUAACAAAAGAAUCAAAUGUGCAAGAGGUCCGUUGUCCUGUUGCCGUCUGUGGAGAUGUGCAUGGUCAAUUCCAUGAUCUUAUGGAACUCUUUAGAAUCGGUGGGAAGUCACCAGAUACAAACUAUCUAUUCAUGGGUGACUAUGUAGACAGAGGUUAUUAUUCUGUGGAGACUGUGACUCUUCCUGUGGCAUUAAAGGUGCGUUAUCCAGAACGUAUUACAAUAUUGAGAGGAAACCACGAAAGCCGACAAAUUACCCAAGUAUAUGGCUUUUAUGAUGAAUGUCUGCGAAAGUAUGGGAAUGCCAAUGUUUGGAAAUACUUUACAGAUCUGUUUGACUAUCUGCCACUUACCGCUUUAGUAGAUGGACAGAUAUUCUGCCUCCAUGGUGGCCUCUCCCCAUCCAUAGAUACACUGGAUCAUAUAAGAGCCCUGGAUCGUUUACAAGAAGUUCCACAUGAGGGCCCAAUGUGUGAUCUGUUAUGGUCAGAUCCAGAUGAUCGUGGUGGGUGGGGUAUUUCACCACGCGGUGCUGGCUACACAUUUGGACAAGAUAUUUCUGAAACAUUUAACCAUGCCAGUGGUCUCACACUGGUUUCUCGUGCUCACCAACUUGUAAUGGAGGGAUACAAUUGGUGUCACGAUCGGAAUGUGGUUACCAUUUUCAGUACGCCGAAUUACUGCUAUCGUUGUGGGAACCAGGCUGCUAUCAUGGAAUUAGAUGACACUUUGAAGUAUUCCUUCCUUCAGUUUGACCCAGCACCUCGUCGUGGAGAGCCUCAUGUGACCCGGCGCACCCCAGACUACUUUCUGUAAAUUCCUCCUGGGAAAACCUGCCUUUGUAUGUGGAAGUAUACCUGGCUUUUAAAAAUAUAUAUAUUUAGAAACAAAACAAAGAAAAGCAACAGUAAUCUAUGUGUUUCUGUAACAAACUGGGAUCUGUCUUGGCAUUAAACCAUAUCAUGGACCAAACUGUGCCAUACUAAUGAUGAGCAUUUAGCACAACUUGAGACUGAAAUUAGUUCUACACUAUGUUCUAGAUCGGUCGGUCUUAACAGUUUGCCUGCUGUGUUUGUAGUAACCAUUUUCCUUGGGACUGUUCAAGCAAAAAAGGUAACUAACUCCAUCUCCUUUUGCACUUACUUGGAAAUUUUAGUUAGAGUGUUUAACUGGCAUGGAUUAAUAGG